AUGGGCCAGCCACUUAAUGUUGACGAAAGGCGCAGCGGCGGCGAUAACAAUGAAAAGCACAGCUUUCUCGCCUCCUGCACCCAGGCCCAGUUGGCCGCAGAGUACACCUGUGGACCUGACAGCGAUACCGAGGCAGAGAACUCAACCCUCCCGCAUGAUCGUCGCUGGGCCUGGUACUGCAAGCUACCCAGUUGCCCCAGAUACUAUCGGGCCUGGGUCUUGAAGUCCAAUUUCAUGCUCCACCUUUAUGAGACCCCCGCGCACCAGGAUGAUCCGGCGACGAGAACGCGUGAGGGACGACGCCGGCUGGCGAAGCGCUGGCGGGAGGAGACAGACUAUGGCAUGACUGAACCGAUGAAGAGACCGCCCCCCGGCCGUCCUCCCAUCAACAACCCCGAUAUCACAGAGGAACUGAUGCGUCAAGCUGGUGGAGACCGCAACCUUGCUGCGAUGUUAACCACAAGGCCACUUGCGGAGGAGGAUGUGUCGAAUUGA